AAAAAAGGUUUGAGUUGGUUUCUCCGCCUCCUCCUUCGUGUGCCUUCAGGCUACGAGCUCACCUGUUUUCGCCGACUUCUCUGCCGCUUCUCCGGGGAGGGUUUCAAUCACAACACGGAGGAUAAACAAAAAAAAAAAAAAAAAAGAAAAAGCGACGCUGCGAAGAAGAAAAGUGUCAGCGGUCGUCUUGUCAAGCGAGUCCACGCCGAGUUGGAAAGUCAGCACGCCUCUCAGAAUGUCCCGCGAAGUUCACUGCUGCUUCUGUCAAAGUCUCCACACCUGAGAGAAGGAUACUUCCAAAGAAAUGCCCCAAAGCAGCAUCGAGAGUCCCAGGAGUCAGUGGCGCGAGGCCCUGCAGCCGCCGUGGGUCACCCGCAUGACCAGCAGUCCCGCCUCCUCGGGGGCGGAGUCUGACACCGAGUGCAGCAGCACAGAGAGUGAGAAGUCCUGCGUGAAGAAGACAGAGGUGGGCUCAAUGAAGCUCUGGUCGUCGCCCUCCAAGCUCCAGCAGAGAAUCGCAGAGCUCGACCAGCAGAAGGAGGAACUGAAGAUUGAGCUGCAGCUGGAGAUUGCCCUGCUCCAGGGAGAACUGCAGACGGAGAAGGCGCAGCUGCUGAAACACGAGGAGAAGCUGGGAGAACUGCAACAGCGAGCCCAGACCAAACCUGCAGAGAAACCGAAACAGGAGCGAGAGCGUCUGGAGGAGGAGCGAGCGCGAGUGGAGGAGCUGAGGAGGAAGUGCGAGGAAAUCCAGGAGCUGAUCCCAAGUCAGCCAGAGAGCCAGCGGGAGCGGCUGACGCUCCAAAUGCAGCACGACAGGGAGGCGAUGGAGGCGGCCGUUCGGGCCUUCGAGGACUGGGAGUUUCGGGUGCUGGAGCGCGAGAGCGUCUUGGACGAGGAGGACGAGGAAGGCGCUGAAGACCGACGAGCGUCCUUGGCGAAGGAGAUCUUGUGCCAGCAUCACGCGGUCCAAGCUGCACAGGCGCGAGUCCAGCUGUUGGACAAGCAGCUGAAGGACAUGGAAGGCGAGAAGGAGCGAGAGCUGGAUGCCCUGAUGAAGGAGAGGCGAGACGUCAUGCAUUGUUGUCACACGGUUGUUAAAGAGAAAGAGCCACUCCCCGAUUGGUCGGACAUCACCGGCUCCGCCCCCUGCAUGAUGUCGCUGUCACCUUUAACCGUUCACAAGCCUUCUCAGGACCCAAGCAAGGACCCUCACAAAGACUCUGGCGGUCUUCCACGGAGACGCAGUUCUCAUCGCAGCAGCAAACCGAGGGAUAGGCCGCUGUCAUCGCAGGGGUUGGUGAGGAUGCUCCCAGGAGGCGGCCAUCCUGCCUCGGAGGGUUUUACCUACCCGCUCUCCUCUCCUCAGAGACUCAACGGGCACGUCAGCGGGCUCAGACCCGAGAGCGCCAACGGCUGCGAGCGCCUCACGCCAUGUAACAGCACGCCGUGCUCCCGCGCUACCAGUCCGUGUCUGAUGGAUCUGGUGGAGAUUGAGAGGAAGCUGCGGGAAGCCAAAGCGGAGCGGGAGCGGCUGCUCAGAGAGCGGGAAGAGCGACAGCAACUUUUGCUUGAGGAGAGAAGACCGCGAGAGCUUAACUCGACCAAACCGGAUCCUGAGAGGCCACAACGACCGGAGCCACAGGACAGCCAGACCAGUUCCCUGAUUAACACCCCUGAGCCCAGCUUGCCGCUCUUCCUCUCGCCGCACUUUGACCUCCGCGCCCACGUGGAGUCCCUGGGUCACGGGGUCGCCAGCUGCACCGACCUGCGGCUGACGCCUCGGCGCUGCGCGGGCUUCCUGACCAAGCAAGGCGGGAGGGUGAAGACCUGGAAGAAGAGGUGGUUCCUGUUUGACGUGGACCACAGACGCCUGGCUUACUACACGGACUGUGACGAGAGGAAACUGAAGGGCGUCAUCUACUUCCAGGCCAUAGAAGAAGUUUACUACGACCAUCUGCGCACAGCAACCUCAUCACCUCGACCAACUCUGACUUUCUGCGUCAAGACGUACGACCGCCUCUUCUUCCUGGUGGCGUCCAAUCCCGUCUCUAUGAGGAUCUGGAUGGAUGUCAUCGUCACGGCAACGGACGAGCACAGUCGUUAUUGACCCGACCGACGGGUGAGGGCUAAGUAAUCCUUGAAGACAAAAAAAAAAGGGACAAGCUGUUGCUGACACUGGUGACACCUGGUGCUCUGGCUCCCCCUAGUGUCGCCAGUACUGCACCCACACAGGACCAAUGGUAUCAUGCAGUAAAACAGUUUUGUGUUACAUUGUUUAUAAUACACCUGACAUUUUCACUAUAACUUAUUACCUGGAAGUGUACGUAUGGGUUUGAUGUGCAAACAAAUGGAGUCAUACACUGUCAUUAUUAAUAAAUACGUGUACAACAAAA